AUGGAUAGUUCUUUACACAUUUUCUUCUUUCCUUUCAUGGGUCAUGGCCAUAUGAGACCCACUAUUGAUAUGGCCAAACUAUUUGCAGCAAAAGGUGUGAAAUCCACAAUCAUUACAACUCUUCUCAAUGAGCCUAUUAUCUCCAAAGCUAUAGAAAAAUCUAAAAUUCUUGGUCACAAUAUUCAUAUUCAAACCAUACCAUUUCCUUCCUCAAAGGCUGGUUUACCAAAUAAAUGUGAAAAUGUUGACUCAAUCCCUUCUCCAGAAUGGUUUCCUACAUUCUGUUUGGCCACAAAGAUGUUACAAGAGCCACUUGAAAAGCUACUGCUAGAGAAACAUCCAGAUUGUAUUGUAGCCGACAUGUUUUUCCCAUGGGCAACUGGUUCUGCACUCAAAUUCGGAAUUCCUAGACUCGUGUUUCAUGGUACUUGUUACUUUUCCUUGUGUGCUGCUGAGUGUAUGAGACUCUAUCAACCUUUCAGGAAUGUUGGUUCUGGUUCAGAAUCUUUUGUUAUUUCUAAUCUUCCUGGGGAGAUUAAAAUGACAAGGUUGCAGAUUGCACCUUUUGAGAACUGGGAGGAGUUUGAUGGAAUGGCUAAAUUAAUGCAUGAAGUAAAGGAGUCAGAACUUAAGAGCUUUGGAGUGGUUGUUAACAGCUUCUAUGAACUUGAAAAUGUUUAUGCAAAUUAUUACAGGAACGUUCUUGGAAGAAAAGCAUGGCAUAUUGGUCCUUUGCCUCUUUGGAAUAAAGAUGUUGCUAUUUCUAUUGAUCAACAUCAACAUGUGUGUCUAAAAUGGCUUGAUAUGAUGAAACCAUACUCAGUUAUUUACGUGUGUCAUAGUAGUAUGGCACAUUUUUCUAACUCUCAGUUUAGAGAAAUUGCUAUGGGACUUGAGGCUUCGGAACAGAAAUUUAUUUGGGUGGUUAGGAAAAGUGAAGACGAGGGAGAAGAAUGGUUACCGGAAGGAUUUGAGAAAAGAAUGGAAGGAAAAGGGAUGAUUAUCAGAGGUUGGGCACCACAAGUGUGUAUUCUUGAACACAAAGCAAUUGGUGCAUUUGUGACUCAUUGUGGAUGGAAUUCAGUUUUAGAAUGUGUCACUGCUGGGGUGCCUAUGGUUACUUGGCCUAUGGCUUAUGAGCAAUUUUACAAUGAGAAGUUGUUGAGUGAGGUGCUUAAAAUUGGUGUGCCUGUUGGAGCUAAAAAAUGGAUUGGUUUGGUGGGGGAUAAGGUUCAUUGGGAUGCAUUGGAGAAGGCUGUGAGGAGGAUUAUGGAAGGUGAAGAGAUAGAGGAAAUGAGGAAGAGGGUGAAAGUGUUGUCAGAGUUAGCUGAAAAGUCGGUGGAAGAAGAAGGGUCAUCUUACUGUGAUUUGAAUGCUCUAAUUGAGGAGUUGAAUUUGUUAAGGAAUUGA